AUGCACAUCACAUCGCAGUCGCUGCGAAGCAUUGCCUGGUCCACUCUCGCCUUCUCUCCAGCAUACGCCCAGUAUGUCAUAGAUAAUCUAAGCUUCGGUCAGAAAGCCGGUGUCUAUAUCUCGCCCGAUCUUCGCGCAGUCCCUCACUUCGUCGUUCAGGGCGCAGACGACUAUGUGCCACAGAUCCUUUCCGACAGAGUGAUCCUUACACCUCCAUACCCAGGAAGCAAGCGCGGUUCGAUAUGGGCGCAGGAUCCGCUACACCACAAGGGCGAUUGGACCGCCGAGUUGGACUUCAGAGCGACUGGUAUGGAGCGUGGAGGUGGUAAUCUACAGAUGUGGUACGUGAGGGAUUCACAGGCGCAUGAGACACCAGCGAGCUUGUAUACGGCACCCAAGUUUGACGGCUUAGUGCUACUUAUAGACCAGUACGAAGGGCACGGAGGCUCGGUCCGCGGUUUCUUGAACGACGGAACCAAGGACAUCAGGUCCCACCCUGAUCCAGACACGCUGGCCUUUGGUAAAUGCGAUUAUGCAUACAGAAACCGUGGAGAACUCACACCUAUCAAACUCCACCACGCAGAGGGCUUCCUCGAGGUCAUCGUAGACGGGCAGACUUGCUUCAAGACUGACAAGAUCGCACUGCCUGAAGGCUACUACUUCGGUGUAAGCGCCUCCUCUGCCGAGAACCCCGACUCUUUCGAAGUCCACAAGUUCAUCGUAUCUACGACCAACUCAUACGCGCGCGAAGAACCCAACUUGAAGAAGAAGGACUACAUAAACUCCCAGCAACACCAGCAGCAGCAGAAUCUCGCCGCUCAACAAGGUCACGAACAGCAGACACACAAGCAGAACCAAGCACAACAGCAAAACUACGGUUCCUCCACCUCUCAGAACGACAUCCCAAAGAUGCUCGAAGAUGUCCUAGCAGGCAAUAUCCGCUCGCAACAGGAUCAAUUCGCCGACCUCCACAACCGCAUUCAAAUCAUCAACAACCGCGUCUUUGAAAUCGCCGAGACGGUUGAGAAAAUCCAAAAGCAGAACGACGAGCGCUGGAACGAGCUCAUGCACCGCAUCGUACCCAUCGACGACCGCGGCGCCGCCACGAUCCGCAACGUUGAAAAGGUCGAACGCACAACUAUGCAGAUACUGCGAGACUUGGAGAACAAGGACUUCAAGGAUAUGAUGAACCAGAUCCAUCGCGCACUGGACAGGAAUCACGGCAACGUCAUGCAGAGCUUGCCCGGUAUGAUGGGUGAUGUCGUCACCAACAGUGGACCUAGCAUGACGACGUUCCUCUUCAUCGCCGUUGCUGUUCAAAUCAUGGUUACAGGUGCUUAUAUCGUGUACAAGAAGAGGCGAGGCGGUGCACCGAAGAAAUACUUGUAA